AUGGUGGAACCUCUGAAUGAACCGAUCAGCAUGCGGAUGUCGCGUCUGCAUCAGGUGUUCAUGGGCAAGCCAUGUAACAUCUCCAACAACCUGUACCAGUCGCUGGUCAGUAAGGAGGGUCUGCUGGACUCACUCUUCGUUCUCUACAACGAAUGCAACAACGAAUACAUGAUCAAGCAGAACAAGGGCAUUGCCGAAUUCGUCAGCAAGUUCCGGCCGACGAUCCAGGAGCUGACGCGGCUGCGAAUUGGCAUCGGUGACUUUGAGGUGAAGAACGUGAUUGGUCGCGGACACUUCGGCGAGGUGCAGGUGGUGCGGGAGAAGCAGACGGGCGACGUGUAUGCAAUGAAAACCCUGCGCAAGGCCGAGACUCUCAACCAGCAGAACGUAGCGUUCUAUGAGGAGGAGCGGGACAUCAUGGUGAAGGCGAGCACGCCGUGGAUCACACAGCUGCAGUAUGCGUUCCAGGACGCCCGCAACAUCUACCUUGUCAUGGAGUUCCACCCGGGCGGGGACCUGCUCUCCCUCCUCGCCAGGUACGAUGAUAUAUUGGAGGAGGACAUGGCGAGGUUCUACUUAGCCGAGAUGGUGCUGGCCAUCCACAGUCUUCACCUGAUGGGAUACAAGAGCCUGCGUUUUCCGGAUGAUGGCGACGUGUCGGCGAUGAUGCGGGCGCUCAUCUCGGGCCUGCUAGCUGACACGAACCAGCGUCUCGGCUAUGAGCAGCUCUGCCAGCAUGCGUUCUUCCGCUCAGUCGACUUCGACAGCAUCCGUGGGACCGUGCCGCCGUUUGUCCCGAUCGUGAAGGGUCAGGACGACACGUCCAACUUUGACGAGUUUGAGCGAGAGGCGCCGCGGCCGUGCCUCGACGACUACCGUGCGCGCCGAGGAUUCGUCGGCAAGGACCUACCGUUCGUCGGGUUCACCUACACGAAGAGCGUGCACUCGGACAGGUUCGCCUCAAAGUCAGAGUCGUGCGAUUCGCCGAUAUUAAAGUCCAUCGACGAGAAACUGCGAAUGAAGAACGUUGAACUCCAGAGGGCGCUACAAAAGGUGCACAAGCUGGAGACGAUAGAAGGGAGCCAGCGGCAGGAGCUAGACAAGGUCAAAAGUCACUCAAAGGAGAUGAAGGAAGCGCUGAGCAAGGCGGAGGCUGAGCGUGACAUCAUUGAGCGUGGCAUGGCCAAGUACAUCACAGAGGCAAACACGCUGCGGCGGUCGAUGGACACGUACAAGCAGGAGAAGGCCGUCAUGGAAGAGAAGGCGCUGAGGCUGCUGCAGGAGAUACGGGAGAAGCACCAGAUGCAGAUCGAGCUCUCGCAGCAGCAGCUCAGAGAUGAGGUGGAACAGCUGAAGGGGGAGGUGGUGGAGAUCGAGGAGGAGCGGUACCGCGCGGUGAGGGAGAAGGAGAAGGCCGAGGGAGAGCUGAGAGAGCAGCGCUCCUGCAUCAAGCAGCUGAAGGGCAAGAUCGUCGACAUGAAGGAAAAAUCGAGCAAGAUGCAGGGAAGCCAGCUGAGCGGCGUGACAGACCUGCAGCAGCAGCUAGCGCGACUCACGGAGGACAGUGGACAGCGCACAAAUGACCUGCAGAACAAGCUCAGCCAGUCGAUGGCGACGGCGCGGGAGCUCCGCUCGCAGGCGGAGGAGAUGGAGGCGAGGGCCGCCGAGUACAAGCGGCAGACGAAGAACAUCAGGUCGCUGACGGAGGAGGUGCAGCGUCUGGAGAAGCUGACGGAGACGCUGACGGAGGAACUGAGGGAGAGCCGCACGAGCGAGCGCGCAGGGGGUGAUGAUGCUGCGGUCGCCGCCGGAGAGGACAGGACGGCAGAGUACGAGGAGAAGAUCAGGGACUUGGAGCGGCAGCUGCGGGGGGCCGACCGCCGCGAGUCGCGCCUUCUCAAGGUCAGCGCCGACCUUCAGGUCAAGGACACGCACAUCCAGGAGCUCGCCGAGGCCGUCGCCACACUUGAGAUACGGCUGCGUGACGAAAGGGAGAAGCCCGACCACGCGGAGGAGGAGGAGAGGAAGAGGGAGAGGGAGAGGGAGCGGAGGAAGGAACUGGAGAGCAAGCUGCAGGACAUGGAGCAGCAGCUGAAGCUGACCACCAACCAGAAGACGCGUCUGCAGGAGAGCGUCGACCGACUAGAGGCCUCCACUGCCGCAGCCGAGCACCGCCAGGGGGCGCUGCCACCAGUGUCAUCGUCGCCGCAGCAGCAGAGGCGUCGUAGCAUGACGCGGGUGGGCUCGAGGAGCAAGAUGACGGACGAGGAGUACAAUGCGCACGUCGAGGACUGCAAGGAGUGCAGGCGGCGCCAUGACGAGAAACUCGCCGACCUGAAACAAGAGAACUACUACCUGCAGACGACCGUCGGAAAGCUGGAGAAAGAGUUGGACAAAGUGGGAGCCGCGCGUGACGCGGUGAAAAUGAAGGCUCAGCUGGAGGAACAGACACGCAGCCUCCGCUCGCAGCUGGAGGAGGCGAGGAAGCAGGGGCAGGAGAGCGCGAUCGCUGUGGCGAGGCUCGCGGCGUCGGACAGGAGCGAGAGGGAGAAGGUCGCGCGCAUGGAGGAGGAACUGGUAGAGGUGCAGCGAGAGGCAGAGCACUACGUCACCAAGAUAGAGGAGAUGAGCUCGAAGACGGAGCAGAAGAAGCAGGAAGCCAGCGCGAGCACGGGGGAGCUGCGCAUGCUGAGGAGGCAGCUACAAGAGGCUGCGGCGACGAGCGAGAGACUCACGUCUGAGAUGCAGAACAAGGAUGAGCACAUAAGGAGGGAGGCCGGCGCUAAGAACAAGUGGCUCGGCGAGAAGGAGACCUUGCUCUCUGAGCUGUCAGAGAGGAAGCACAUCUGCGACAGCCAGGACGUGGGCUGUAACGAUCGAUACACUCGCGACGUUGUAUGGGCGGCAGCGGCGCCUUUGAUUGAAGUACGGGGCUCGAUCGAUUGCGAGUGCGUAGCGAGGCAAGUGGCGCUGCGCCGGGCGGAUGAGCUGGAGGCGCACAUACGGGAGCUGCAGCUGACAGCGUCCCGAGAGGUCGCUGCACGCGAGGCCACGCACACUAAGCUGCAUGGGGCUCAGCAGCAGCUGCGGACGCUGGCGGAGGCACACGCGUCGGAGGCGGAGGCGAGGGAUGACAUCCUCGCAGAGUACAAGCAUCACACGGAGGAGCUCACGCAGCAGCUGGCAGACUUGGAGCAGCUUCACGCGACGACGACCAUCGACCACAAGAACGCGCAGAAGCGUCUCGACAUGACCGACAACGAGACGAUCUGUCUCAAGGAGGAGCUGUCGCGUAACAUCACCGAGCUAAACGCGCAGAACGCGUCCAACUUCCGGCUGCGGCAGGCGGUGGAGGAGGCCGUGGAGAAGGGGGAGCUGCUGGGCCACGAGAGAGACGCGCUAGUCAGCGAGAUCGACACGUCAAGG